UGAAUUUGAAUAAAAUCAUCGGUUUAUUUAGGCCCAAUAUUGAAUCUGAGUAGCCGAUCGAAAAACGCUUCAACUAUCAUUGACGCGGACAAAUUGUUAAAUCCUCAAAAGCAACUUGGAAUAGAUCUACCGUACGAUUGUAUCGGCGGGCAACGCGUGCGCAUCCUGCGUGGGAGGAGGGAUAGGGGACCGCUCAGAACAGUCGAGUGUGAUGCCGCGUCUCCCGCGCAGCGCAGAACGCACUGCGAUCGCGGCCAAGCCACAGCGCAUCGUGUGCCCGACUCUUAUUAGCAUAUAUUAUCAAAAACAACGACUGUGAGUGUGUGAGUGAUAAACCAGUGUUAAUGGAUUUAACACAGAAGUUUAAUACAAAUUGUGGCCACAAAUCAUUCAACAGUGACACUGGUGAAAGUGAGCUUUCUAAACGACCAUAAUUAUUCCGUACUGAGAUGUGGUCCUUCAUGAAUACUUAGGCAGCAUACAUGAGUAGGAAGGAGGUAAUGCUAGGAGAUAUACCCAAGUUGUGUUUGCUGGUAGCUACACUGGCACUUGGGUCUGUGGCGGGGAGCGGCGCCUGCGAGCGCGGGCUGAGCUGGUGGGACCGGCAGCGCGGCACCUGUGUGCCCUGCACCCGAUGCGACCCCGCCAAGAGACUUGUCGUCAGAUACCCCUGCGAAAUCCACAGGGACACUAUCUGCCAGUCGUUGUACGAGGCCCAAAUCUCUCCUUUCAAUACACCGAAACAGGUGCUUAAAAAAAACAAUGAAAUCAGUGAACUGCUAUCCAGUGAUGACGAGUACGAAUAUGUGGACUACGAUAGUGAAGUGACGUCUAGAAACGAUGUGUCGUGGGACCUGCAGACGACCAGCCUCAGCGUGGCCGCGAGUGGCUGUAUCGUGUUCUUCGUCGUGGUGCUGGUGAUGUCGCUGUACCAUGCCAGGCAGUGGAGGGUCAUCAAGCGAGCGCUUAAGUCAGAUGUACAAGAUUUGACGGCGAAAUUAAAAUUAAUGGAAGCUGGAGGCGAAACGACAGCAGAGCCGGUUGUGGCAGCUGACCACCACAUCUACUGCAACAUUCACAACUUAGGCAAGGAGGCGUUACUUGAUACAUCACCUUUCUAUCAAACUGACAAUAAGGAAUGCUUGGACAGAACUAAGUUUCCACACUUUUGGGACAGGAAGAUUAUUUAAAGAAGUCUCCAUACAAAAGUCUAGGUUCUACAUAGGAAAUGCUAACUACGUCCGAAUUCAACUAAAAAAGGAUUGGGCAAUGUGUACACACAGGAGAAGCACAACUCUUAGAACCACCGAAAUAGUUCAUCAACAAGUCAACAGUACAAAUAAUUCUUAAUAAUUCUAAAUGACCUCGCACUUUCAAGAUUUUUAAAGAUUAAGGAAAAUAUAUUUUCUUAAGAUAAAAUAUACGAAUUCAAAGAUA